UCCGAGACGUCACUUCUCAGUACAGUCAGUAGGGCUGAUAGUCGAGUGUGCGUGCGUGCAGGAAAGCGACUAAAUACGGAAGCCUGACAGGCAGCGGCUGAAUUUACAGUAACAGGGAGAGUAAUCGAAUGCCGAUGGAAUCUACACGCAUGCUGAGGCCUAUUUCUAUAUAAAAUAAACAAAGCCAUUGCCGCCAUCCCUGUAAACUCCGGGAAAUGGGUGAGGAGCCUUCUCUUAAUACCCAUAAAAGACGGAACUGUUAUAUUGAAGAUGAAACGGAACCUAAGAAGAAAAGAGUGAAGUCUGAAGAUCAAAAUAUUAAUGGUUCCACUUUACACAAACACAAGAAGUCACCCAGACUUUCCCCUGCAUUAUUUCGGGAUAACUGUAUCAUCCAACACCAACAAAUCCAUGAGCUUCUUAAAUAUGCCUGUCUGGGAAAAAGUUGCAGUUCAGCCCAGCCAAGCUGGUGCCGAAUUCAUCAUCAGAAACGCCUUGGAAGUGUUGUCAUUAUCGUACUGCAUGAUCUUGCUCAGCUCCAUUUUUAUCAGUUUUACUUGCACUUUCCCUACCUUCGGAAGCUGUUUAAACAUAGAUUCAGCAUGCCUGUUCCUUCUUCUGAUUUUAUUGCUACAUUGAUUGGCGCAGAAGAGAAGGUCACAUCCGGCAUAAAGGAACAAGAGUUCAGUUCUCUUCACCCACUCUCCAGCCUACCAGGUCCUGCUGAUACAGCUUUCUCAUCUGGUGAAACCGGAGAGACUUUUAAACAUGACCCCGUCAUACUGAAAUAUGGAAAUAAGCGACUAGGCCUGACCAGGUAUCUGCUUUCCCAGGAGGAGAUGAGGAAAAAUAAUUAUCCUUUAGUAGGUUCUCCUGAUUCCAUAGAUUAUGUGAACUCUGGCUGCUCGAGGGAGAUAACGGAUGACAGCCCCCUGUUUGGAUUAGACUGUGAAAUGUGCUUGACAGAUAAAGGAAGUGAACUCACUCGAAUCUCACUGGUAGAUGCCAAUGGUUCCUGCAUUAUGGACGAGCUGGUCAAACCAGACAAUAUCAUACGGGAUUACAUGACCAGGUUCUCGGGAAUUACAAGAAAGCUGCUGCUUCCAGUGAAAAUGAAACUGAAGGAUGUGCAGCACAAGCUGAAAUCACUUCUGCCUCCUAAUGCAGUUCUGGUUGGUCACUCACUGGAUAAUGAUUUAAGGGCCUUGCAAAUGAUCCAUCCCCAUGUUAUUGACACAGCGCUGCUAUUUGCAAGAGAAUAUGGUAGAAAAUUCAGAUUGAAGUUCUUGGCUCAAGUAGUUCUGGGGAGGGAGAUUCAGACUGAAGAUCGGAUGGGCCACUGUCCGGCUGAAGAUGCAAGAGCCACACUAAACUUGGCUCAGUAUUUUAUUCACCAUGGGCCUGAGAAGGUUGCGCAACUUCAACUGCACAGCAUCCUGAGAAGCAUGAACAACCCAAAUGGAUCUCUGGCAGCUCAGGAGAAGACCUUGCAAGUGAAACAGAAUGGGUCCCUCUUGCCUCUCACAACCCCUAUCGAGCAACAGUCAGAAGAACCUCACAGUCUGAUGGAAUCGCUGUACUCUGAUGGAAAGAAGAUCCUUUACAUGGCCAGAAUCAAUGGGGUGAAAGAGUCUGUCUCGUCAAAGCUACUGGAGAAUAUCUGGUGUUCCUCAGAGGAAGAGGUUCUGAAAAAUGCCUGCAGUUUGGCUCAGCCGGCCUCCAUCAGCAUUGUUAAGUUUUCCCCUGGCGACCGUUACAGCCAAGGCACAGAAGAGCUGCAUGAAAGGUCAAGAAGUAUGUUUUCGAACAUGAUGACUGUUUUUGCUGGACCGUUUGAGGAGACUUUUUGCUUGGAAUCAGUAAGGAGGGUGUUCCGGACCUGCGGACCCAUCAAAUCGCUGAAAGUCUUGUCCCAGAACUACCAGCCAUACUUCUGUGUGGAGUACAGUGUUCUGGAAGCUGCUCAGCUUGCUGUAGAAACCUUGGAUGGAGGCCAUAUCAAUGGCUGCUGUAUCAAGGUCCAGAGGCUGGUCACGGAGCAAACGUUCAACUGUGAGGUGCUCUUAAAAGCGAUGGAAGAAGAUGCAGAGAACAAAGAUGUGAUUUAUGUUUCUGGUUUUAAGAAGUCCUUAACCGAGGAGAUUCUCCAACAGAGGUUUAGCCAUUUCAGUGACCUUAAAGCGGUUUUUCUGCCUGCCAGUCCUCUAAAUGGGAAAGCUGCAAAAUACUGCUUUUUGAAAUUCCACCACUUCCAGAGUGCUGCGGAGGCAAUUGAUCGUAUCACAGGAGAGGGUGAGCUCAGGUGUCGAAAAGCAAUCACAGCCUGCCACUUACAUCAGUGGUUACAGACGGUUGAACCCUGUGGUCCUCAAGAGCGACAAGUUCUUCCUAAGGAAGAUGGUCUGUCUGAUAUCAUGGAGAGCUUGGACAGUAACAUUAUGCAGGUGUACGAAAACCUUCCAGCAAACACCCUCUGCCUCGUUCUUUUUUCCGGUACUAACAGUUCCAGCAGAUCUCUCCCAGGUUUUGGACUGAUGGGAAUAAAAGCAGCAUGUGGAUGAUCGAAAGCAGAAUUUUAGGAGACCAUUUUAAAUAUUAACUGUAUUUAAAGGGGGACUGUCCUCCUGGUUUUUAAUUUCUUGAAACAGUACAGAGGACCCACAGCCCCCUCUGCAGCUGCAUCCUUCCAUCACCGUUUGCUGCGUUCACCUUGAAGAAUAGCACAAUGGAUGUGUCAGCUGCCAUGUUGGAAAACAUGGCAGUUGCCAAGCCCAAUGUACUGUACUACAUUGAGCUUGGAUAAUCCGGCAAACUGUUGUGGUUGGGAUGGUGGACAAGGGCCCUAUUAACUCAUCCAUUAACUUAAAAAGCAAAGGGAGGAUUAUUUGCCCUGUGAUGAUUCAAUGAUUAGUUGUACAACUAUUUUUACUAUACUGAUAAUAAAACCAAACCAUGGA